UGUUAAUAAAAUUUGUGUGCAUUCAAUAUAUACAUUGGUUAUGUAAAAUAUAAUGGUUCGGACGCCCGAUGGACGCCUAAGCGAGACCAAUGACGGAAGGAAUUUUCGACGUGGUCACCAUAAAUUCGAACUAAAAGCGACCGGUGAUGCUGCCAAGGCUUACGAUUUCCUGAGCGCUCGACCCCCUGGCAAGAGAACUAACGUAAUUGAAUCGAUCGGCCAUCUCGUCAAGAGUUGCCUGGGCGGUGGUGUCGUCGCGAUACACGAAUCUUAUAAACAAUGUGGGCUAUGGACGUCUGUCGUACUCACUGUGGUGCUGGGAGUCUUCGUCAGCUAUUGCAUGCUUAUUCUCGCGAGGUCAGCUCAAAAGAUCUACGGUCGGGUGCAAGUGCCCGCUAUGUCCUAUCCGGACUUGGCUCAGGCGGCUUUGGAGACUGGUCCCUUCGUGAAUCUCAGAAAAUACAGCAAAUGUUUUAGGUACGCUGUAGACUUCACAAUAUGUGUGGAUCUGUUCGGUUCCUGCUGCGUGUAUCAGAUUAUGAUCUCCCGAACCAUCAAGCAGCUGGUCGAGGGGACCGAUGACAUCUCCACAGGGGGCAAUCCACCAUUGAGGGCGUAUGUCGCGAUGCUGUUAAUCCCAUGCGUUCUUAUAUGUAUGAUAACCACUCUCAAAUAUCUGGCGCCGUUCUCAAUCGUGGCUGAUUUUUUCAUUGUAACAGUAGCAGGAGCAACAGUGUACUACGCUGUGAAAUCAGCUGAAAUGACGCCUUUAGAAUUUCCAAUUUUCAAAACGGUCGCCGGUCUAUUCGAGUUUGUAGGAGUUUGUGUGUUUAGUAUGGAAGGCGUCGGUGUCACUUUAGCGAUUGAAAAUUCCAUGGAAGAGCCUAAGAAAAUCCCCAUUGUAUUAGCUGGAGGGAUGUCCAUUGUGAUUAGUAUUGUACUAACCGUUGGCUUCUUUGGUUACUGGGGUUUUGGUGAGAAAUCGAAGUCCCCAGUCACCCUGAACUUUCCUUUAGAGCCAUUCCCAAUAGCUCUAAAAGUUAUGAUGGCAUUAAUGAUUUAUGUAACGUUCGCACUUAACUUCUGGGUUCCAUUUGAACUAGUCUGGUAUUACAUCAAACAGAAGUAUGACCCGUCGAAGUACUGGUUUUGGGAGCGAGUGUACAGAGGAUUAUUUGUGUUCAUCAUCACGGUGAUCGCUGUCAUAUUUCCAGCCGUGACUAAGUUUAUUGGAUUGCUUGGAUCCUUCUGUCUAUCAAAUAUGGGCUUCAUAUAUCCAGCGUUUAUCGAACUGAACCUGGACUGGGUCGAUCCAGGUCUCGGUUUCAUGAUGUGGAGACUGUGGAAGUUCGUCGGGAUAUUAAUAUUCGGAACUAUUCUUUGCAUCGUCGGUACAUACAGCAACGCUAAAGAACUUAUCGCAGAAGUAUUUUGAAGUCUUUUCGUCGCGUUUAAAAGCUUUUUGAAAAUUUUCCAGUAACGAUAACGAGUUUAGAACUUUAGUGCGGUCAAACGUGUAAGUCGAGUUGAUAGUAGUACUUGUAUUUUUUUUAAUAUUGUUGUU